AUGGGAUUCGAGGUCGAGAUCGGGUACUGGUUCCGAGUGGUGGUUCGCGAUGUGUUCGUGGAGAUGGCGACGGGAGAGGGUAUGGAGUAUUCUAAUAACGAAGCGACGAGCAAAAGGGACGGCGAAAGCAGCGAGAGCGCGUCAGUGAGAAAGAGCAGAUGGCCUUCGAGAUGCUAUUUAAAUAAAAGCGACAGUAAAUAUACAAAUCAUCCGAAGAAAGGAGCCAAGGAGAAAAAUAGGACAGCUGACUGUCCGAAAUGA